GGGAGUGAUGACUGCAACCGGAAGUGGUACCGCGGGACGCCGGCGGGAGUGGCGGAGACGUGUCUUUCUGUGAGGCGCUGGGAGCAGGUCCUGGGCUAGGGGGGCCGGGCCGCUCGGUGCCGCCUUAGAUACUCCUUACGGGCCAGCAACCCAGUCAGUGUGGGGCGGCGGCGGCGGCGGCAACGGCCGGGGCAGGGAGCGCUGGCGGCCGGAGCCCCAGCCAUGGCCGAGUCUGUGGAGCGGCUGCAGCGGCGGGUUGAGGAGCUGGAGCGGGAACUGGCCCGAGAAAGAAGUCGGCGGGCCCUGGGGGGCGGCGACGGAGGCGGCGGCCGGGCCCGCAUCGAGAAGAUGAGCCCGGAGGUGGUGGACUCCAACCCCUACAGCCGCCUGAUGGCAUUGAAACGAAUGGGAAUUGUAAGCGACUAUGAGAAAAUCCGUACCUUUGCUGUAGCAAUAGUAGGUGUUGGUGGAGUUGGUAGUGUGACUGCUGAAAUGCUGACAAGAUGUGGCAUUGGUAAGUUACUACUCUUUGACUAUGACAAGGUGGAACUGGCCAAUAUGAAUAGACUUUUCUUCCAACCUCAUCAAGCAGGAUUAAGUAAAGUUCAAGCAGCAGAACAUACUUUGAGGAACAUUAAUCCUGAUGUUCUUUUUGAAGUACACAACUAUAACAUAACCACAGUAGAAAACUUUCAACAUUUCAUGGAUAGAAUAAGUAAUGGUGGAUUAGAAGAUGGAAAACCUGUUGACCUAGUUCUUAGCUGUGUGGAUAAUUUUGAAGCUCGAAUGGCAAUAAAUACAGCUUGUAAUGAACUUGGACAAACAUGGAUGGAGUCUGGGGUCAGUGAAAAUGCAGUUUCGGGGCACAUACAGCUUAUAAUUCCUGGAGAAUCUGCUUGUUUUGCGUGUGCCCCACCACUUGUAGUUGCUGCAAAUAUUGAUGAAAAGACUCUGAAACGAGAGGGUGUUUGUGCAGCCAGUCUUCCUACCACUAUGGGCGUGGUUGCUGGGAUCUUGGUACAAAAUGUGUUAAAGUUUCUGUUAAAAUUUGGUACUGUUAGUUUUUACCUCGGAUACAAUGCAAUGCAGGAUUUUUUUCCUACUAUGUCCAUGAAGCCAAAUCCUCAGUGCGAUGACAGAAAUUGCAGGAAACAGCAGGAAGAAUAUAAGAAAAAGGUAGCAGCACUGCCCAAAAAGGAGGUUGUUCAAGAAGAGGAAGAGAUAAUACAUGAAGACAAUGAGUGGGGUAUUGAGUUGGUAUCUGAGGUUUCAGAAGAGGAACUGAAAAAUUCUUCAGGUCCAGUUCCUGACUUACCUGAAGGAAUUACAGUGGCCUAUACAGUUCCCCAAAAGCAAGAAGAUUCUGUUCCUGAUGUAACAGUGGAAGAUUCUGGUGAAAGCUUGGAAGAUCUCAUGGCCAAGAUGAAGAAUAUGUAGAUAAUGGACUGGACUAUAUUUUAUUUUCUGUGUUUAAACCUAUUCCUUUGCAAUUAAAAAAAGUCAUUUUAAAACUGACAAAACUUAGGGCAACAUCAAUUGAUGUGUAUUCUUUGUUAAAUUGUUAUACUUUUUGAAAAUACUGUUACUGUUACUUGUUGUUACCUCACCCUCAACUAAAUCAAUAACUCUCCUAAAACUCAUGUUUCAUUCUAGUAAGAAAAUUUCAAAGGAUUAUUUUAGGCAGUUAUAAGUUUUAUUGAAAACUUAGCCAUUGAAAUGUUUUGGCCUUUUGUGAGGGAUGGAAGAAAGGACCAAUUUGAGGCUGUACACAUUCCUUUUCUUUCCAGUAAUCCUUUGUGGUUUGGCCAUGGGCAAUAAAGCAGCAUGUGGUCCUGAAAUACAGGGAAAAGAGCAAGAGGUUCAAUCUGUUGAUUUGAGCUAGCAGGCCAUGUACUCAUUGUUUCGGAAUUGUUCUCUACAAGAAAACUGCCCACUACUACUAACUUGGCCAGCAAUGAAUUUAAAAUAGUUAACCUGUAAAAUAAUAACAUUCUCUGAAAUGUUUCCUGAUUACAAACUGAAAUGUAGUCAGUGGAAAAGUUGUAAACUUGUGGAUUAUAUAUUCAAAAUUAGGCAACUAAAAGUAAGUUUUUUUCAUGGGUAGACAGAUAAAGGUACUUUGAGGAAGUACAAAUUAUAUUUCUGCAUUGACCAAAGAAAUCACUGCAUCUGUGGGCAUAUACCUGGAAUCACUGUACUUUAUUGAGGAGUAAUGGAUAAUUUAGGCUAAGAUCAUCUAGAUUAUACCCAUGAUAUGGGUUACCUUAUAAAUACUUUAUUUCACUUAAAUGUGAUUCCCCAGGUAAUUAAAUGUUGGAAAGGGUUUAUCCUGGAUAGGGCAUUAAAGAGGCCUAAAGUGUCUCUGAAAUGACUGAUAUAUUUAUUUACUGGAAGAGUAUCAUUUUUCCAGAUCAUGACCUCUAAAUCAUAAAUUGAUAAAACUGUUAUUUCCUAGAGUUGUAUGUAAAUAAUGAAGGCUUAGAGAGCCUUGGUUGAAAUAAAAUUCCAGUGGUUUGGAGACCAAUAUAAAAACA